AUGGCACGUCUCAAGCUCAAGAAACUCGAGGAGUAUCUGCAGUGUGUGGAUGGCUUUGAGAAGCCUAAGAUCUUGCUGGAACAAUAUCCAACGCCUCCCCACAUUGCUGCCUGCAUGGUGCAUCACAUUCAAGCGCAACACGAGGACAUCGAGGGCAACUUGGUGGCUGAUCUUGGCUGUGGCUGUGGCAUGCUAAGCAUUGCUGCCACAAUGCUGGGCGCUCAGCUCACUGUUGGCUUCGAGUUGGAUGAUGCAGCUGUCGACACUUUUCGCCAGAAUGUGCUGGAGAUGGAGCUGCCCAAUGUGGACUGUGUGCGAGCGAAUGUAUUGCAGUUGCCGGGCAGCAAGUGGGACAAUGCCUUCGAUACUGUUGUAAUGAAUCCGCCCUUUGGCACCAAGCACAAUGCCGGCAUGGAUAUGCGAUUCCUAGAGGUGGGCACGCGACUGGCCACGGGAGCUGUUUACUCACUGCACAAGACUUCAACGCGUGCCUAUAUCCAGAAAAAGUGCAAGGAGUGGGGCGCCAAGGGCAACGUGGUCGCUGAACUGCGCUAUAAUAUCGAUGCCAGCUACAAAUUUCACAAGCAGAAAUCAAAGGAUAUUGAGGUGGACUUUUGGCGCUUGGAUGUUACGGAGAGCAAUUAGCUCUAAAGAAAUUAGUUAAGCAAAUUAAUACUGAAAUAACGUUAG